AUGGCAACUGGCAUCGAUGCGAAGUUGCUGAAGUCGACAAAGUUUCCGCCGGAAUUCAACCAAAAGGUUGACAUGCAAAAAGUCAACCUUCAGGUGAUGAAAAAGUGGAUCGCAAGCAAAAUAUCCGACAUACUAGGGAGUGAGGACGAUGUCGUCAUUGAGCUUUGCUUCAACUUGAUCGAGGGCUCUAGAUUUCCUGACAUCAAGUCUUUGCAAAUACAGCUCACCGGCUUUUUGGAUAAGGAUACCGCGCCGUUUUGCAAGGAACUCUGGAAGCUUUGCCUCAGUGCCCAGACCAGCCCCCAAGGGGUUCCGAAGGAACUACUCGAGGCCAAGAAAUUGGAACUGAUCCAAGAGAAGAUCGAGCCGCAGACGAAGCUCGCCGCCGACGCGAAGACGCAGAAAGACGGGAACAAGAAAUCAGUCGACUGA